UGUUCAACAAUCUCGUCAGCAACAAUAUUGUACGCAGUGAGGAAAUUCGAUGAACGUAUUGAACUUCGAAUUUAUUAAAUUUAUUCUAAAUUUGCCGGGAGUCGUACAUUGAUUGUUUUUUUUUGAAAUUCACAAAAAUACUGCAGUGUUAUGCCAAAACAACGUGUCGCAUUUGUGUCUUGGCUAUUAAGGAGCUUUGUGUUCCACUGAAAUCUACUUUUCCAGUGGAUUUCUAAGGAAGCCCAGAGCUAACGAAAGCUUUUCAAUACACAAAAAGCAUGAGCUUACGUUGUUUUGACUUAAGACGGCAGAACAGUUCAUCGGCAUUUCUGACCUCCUACGAAAAAUAACGCGUAAUUCAUUUAGAAUCAAGCAGUGAGGGAAACGACGUAACCAUGACAGAUGCAAAACAUAUUUUGAUAAAGUUCAAAGAGAGGAUUUUCAAGAAGGACGAAAAAGAAAUUGGAACAGCUCUCGAUAGCAUGAAUAGAAUUAUGAAGUUUAUCAACUUCUUUGCACAAAUUCCGGGUCUACGCUUCACGGAUGGUUGGAAAAAAAGUUAUAAAAUUCUGAACGCUGCCUUCAUGAACUUCUUAGCGCUGGCUCUUGGUAUCUACAGCCUGUAUGUUACUUUUCCGUCAACGGAUAACAUCAUUUUGGUGGGUGGUUUAGCCUGCAUUACAACGGUCUCGACCAAAUUAGCUUGUGUAACUCGUAACCACGACAAAUUCAUGUCAGUGUUGAAAUUCAUUUUCAAAGUGUUUAAAACCAAUUCGUCCGGGCCGCGAGAGCGCAUCCUCAUGGAUAUAACGAAGAAGAUACACUAUCAUUUGAAAAUUAACAUUCUCGGUUUUGUGGCCGGAUUUUUUUGCUACUCAGCCUACCCGUUUUAUGAUUGUAUUUUCAACGGCCAGUUGACGCUACCUUCUCCAGUUUUAGUACCUGGCGUCAAUCCAAACCAUCUUCGAGGUUUCUUCAUUACCAACUUAGUCAACAUGGUUAUAAUGCUCUUUUGUAUUACUAUUUGCAUUGCAACGAGUUCAUUAUUCUUCGUGUUUGUUGAUGCAUACUAUGGCCUUGUUUCUUUAAUCGAACACGAUUUCGAAACGUUUGACAAGAUGUGUGCACAGGAGGCAAGCAGUAGGACAAAAGAUGUGUACUUUCGAAAUAUAAUGAUGGGAUUAAUGGAUCUAGCAAGAUUUAAUUCCUAUAUGAAUGAGCUGUACGGUCUCAUAUCAACUGUACAAAUUACAGUAUCUUAUAUAGUGGUGGUAUGCUGUGCAGCCGCAUUUUUGGCAUUUUCUUACGGGAGCGGCCUUGGGGGCUGUGUUUCUUUUUACACUGAGCUGUUAAUAUUCUGUUACAUGGGACAACUGCUGGACAACAUGAAUAAGCGUAUAGUUACGGUAAUUUGCAACGCAAAGUGGUACACAUACGAUGUAAAAUAUCAAAAGGACAUGAUGAUGGUCUUGUAUACAGUCCAAAAUAUGCAGCCAAUUCUCCUUGGCAACAUGUUUCCGCUUAACUUUCACACGGGUCUAAGGAUAACCAACAACAUAUAUUCUUUGAUCAUGUUUAUGGUGGAAAUGUUUAACUAAUUUGCUUACAACGAGGCUCAGGAGAAGUUCACAGAUAAUGGUGUCAUCACCACUAAAGAGUAGCGGAACUUGAGAAAAUGGGACAAGUCGUAUUGUAGAUGUAGGUAUAGGAAAUAUGUGAACGCAGGGGUCGAAAAUCUUGAAAUAUUAAUUCCACAACUCCACGACAGUACAUUCUUUAAUUGUUAUUUAUAGUGG